AUGAGAUGGAUGGAUGAAUUGGAUUGGAUGCUUUUUAUCAACUUUGAAAGCUCCAUUUUACUCGUCACCGAUAUCGAUGUCGGUGGGUGGAUGGAUGGAUGGAUGAAUACUAGAAAUUCCUCAACUGCCAAUCAUUUCUCUCUUUUAAUUAAUAAUAAUAAUGCUGCAGCGACAUCUAAUAACAACAAUGAAAGAUCAUCGUCAUCAAAGAUUAAAAGAGAUUGUUCAACACCUUUAUCGAAUCGAGUAAGAGAGAUAUUAAAUCAUGUGGUCUAUUCAUUUGUAGAUUACAACGAAUACAAGUUACCAAGUACAUGUGUGUUUAACAAGAAUCUCGAUAUGUUGGCUGUAUUUCAAUCACUAAAGUUUCUACAAAACGAUCAUCAAUAUCGAUGCAAGAGUUGUUCAAAACAAUUUAAAAGUGAAGAUUAUAUUGAUCAACAUUUAAAGAAUAAUCAUGCUGAUCUUAUACCUUCUAAUGCAACUAUAUGUUUAGGAGAUUAUUGUGAAAUGUUAAAUUGUAAUAAUGAUUAUAUAAUCUCUUGUGAUGAGAGAAAGAUGGAAAAGUUAAAGUAUGCAUGUCAAGGUAUCAUGUAUAAUUGUUUCCCACCUUCAGUCAACAAAAACUACAACAAACAUUUCAAUGCGUUGAUAUGCGACAAACUGACUUGCAAGGGUGGAUCAUCGACCACUGGACAAGAUGGAAUCAUAAGAGAUGCCGAUAUUGAAGAGAAACAACAUCAAUGGAGUUUAAUGAAAUACCUCUCUGCAUUGGUCAUCCUUGUCAUCCUAAUUAUAUUUUAUUUAAUUUUAUGGUUCUUUAAAAAAGAAACAAGACAUCAAAAAGAUUUACCAAGUAGUUUCUUGGCAAAUAGACGUAGAAAACAUUUACUUAAAGAAUUGGAGAAAAAGAAUUUCUGA